AUGUCUAAGAAAUUUAGCUGGCUUAGCUCUACAAAAGGUGGUAGCGGGCCUUCCUCUCGUGCCUCUCCGGCUCCCGCUGCAAAGGCCGCUCCCAUUACUAUUAACGGCGUUAAAGACUCAAGCGGCAAAACGGUCGAAUACAAGUCAGAUGAUGAUGUCUGUCCACUAUGCCGGAGCGACAGGUUUCUGAACCCAAAGCUGCGAUUGUUGCAAGGGGCAGGGCCUGCACCAUGCCCGACUUGCAAAACAGUCAUCCGAAAGAUGGGAUUCAUGGCUCAAACAUUUGAAGACCUUGGGGUUGAGAAGGAAGUAGCCAUACGGCGGCGUAUUGCGAAACACUUUAACAAGCGAUUGGAAGAUUUUGAUAGUUUACAGGAGUACAAUGAUUAUCUAGAGGAGGUCGAGACCAUCGGCAAGUCAACUUGGCCCUGA